AUGCAAUCUGUGCUGCCCGCCUCGCUCGCUGCGCCUCCGUGGCACCUCUACCUCGGACGCGCCUACGUGGGCCCUCCUCGUACCGAUGCCAUCGGUGGCGCCAGCGCCGGUUUCUACACGCGGCAGGCGCUUGACCACUUUGCAUUCAACGGGGAGCGGUCGGCGGAGCUCUGGUCUCAGCGGUACUACGAAGACACGACGCUCUGGGGAGGCCCCGGCCAUCCCGUCUUCCUCUCGCUCGGAGGCGAAGGCCCCGUGGGCGGCCCUCCCUCGGGCCUGCAGAGGGAGCUGGCGGCGACUCACCGCGCCGCCCUCAUCAGCCUGGAGCACCGCUUCUACGGCGAGAGCCGGCCAACCGCGGACAUGUCGUCCACUGCGCUAAGGCACCUCUCCGCGGAGCAGGCGCUGGCGGACGCGGCUCAGUUCGUCGAGUGGUGGUACCCCGCCUCCGUGCGUGCCGCGGUCGCGUACAGCGGGCCCAUCCUCUCACAGCUCGACUUUUACCAGUACAACCAGGUCGUCACCGCCGUGCUCGACAGCUUUGGCGGCGCAAAGUGCGUCCCGUUGCUACGCGCGGCCUUCACCCAGCUGGUCGCAGCACUGGGUCGCAGCGGCAAGUCGCCGGGCCGCGAGGGGGCCGCCCGGCUGCUGCACGCGUGUGACGUGCCAGAGUCGGACGACGACGACGGCGUCCUGAUCGGCUCCGUUCAGGCGACGACCCGUUACCCUCGUACGCAUAUCAACCCGCUCCAGUCGUGCAACAGCUUUGCCCCUGCCUCCGCGCUGGGCGCCGCGCUCGCGCCCCUCGCAGCGACGCUACCGGCCCGCUGCCUCGCCGCACGCUACUCGUCCUACCUCGCGCCGCUCCUCGACUCCAACUUUAGCACCGGCACGCCAACCAAUCGGCAGUGGUUCUACCAGCUGUGCAACGAGUUUGGACAGCAGACGUGCGAACCGUACGCCACGGACUGCGCCACCGGCGAGGCGGGGCUGCCGCCGUCGGUGUUUGCGCCCUUCUCCCACGACGACGACCUACAGAGGGGCCUCAGACUGUGCGAGCAGCUGUUUGGCAUCCGCGCGACGCCGCCUGCACUCUGGACGGGCAAGCAGCGCGGCUGGACGAACGUCGCUCACGGCGGCCGCGGCAUUCGCGCGAGCAACGUGGUGUUCAUCAACGGACGGCGCGACCCGUACUCGUCAGUCUCGCUGCUGCCAGAGCAGCUGUCGGCGGCACAGACCAGGCUUGGCGUCCGCUCUGUCGCAAUCGCCAACGGAUCGCACUGCGUGGGCAUGGAAGCCACCUCGGCGCGUGACGAUCCCGAUGUCACGGCUGCAAAGCGAGCUGUGCGAGAGGCGUUGGCGGAAUGGCUAGGCCGCCCAUCACUAGUGUCCUGACGGGUGUGGAUGAGAGAUAAAACGAAUGUGACAUGCACAUCAA